AGUAUGUUAGUGCAUUUCAUACAUUUGAGUGUAAUGGUAACCAGAUAGGAGCAGCGAGAGGCUACCGGCCGUCAGCACAUGGAAUAUGGGAUCUGGAGUCUGCACGCCGCGGGGGGACUUUGGGGCGAUCCGCGGCUCGCCCGAAGACACCCGAUCCUGGGUCCAGGGGGUCCUGGAACACCUGGGGCAGCCUUCGCCUUGAACACGCUGCGGCAUCCGGUUGACGGGGUCGCGAUGCCCGUCGCCGCGAGCAGCCCCGCUUAUCGAGCCAUGGAACUGGUUACCAGGACCCUCUCCAGGACGACGGAGCCUGGGCAGCCCGGCGGGGCUCGGGAACCACGAGACAACGAAUCGAACAUCGAAGAAAGACGGAGGAGCGACCGGGAUGACGACGAGAACUCGAGUCAGACGGCCAUACGACGUGUGAUCAGAAAUACGGAGGACCCGGGGGACGAAAGCGAUGCGGAAAGUGUGAGCAGCGGUAACGACGAAUCCCGGCACUCGGCGAACAAUAAUCUUCACCCAAAGCCCCCGGACGGGCUGCCGUGUCUUCUUCUGGACAAGGAAGAGGGUGUUCCACCGGUCCUGAACAGCUGGGUCCUCGGAGCGUACACGGCGAUGCUGGGACGACUCUCGGCGGCGACGGCUGCUCUGGAGGGUUCCGAGGUGCCUCCUAUACCUUCCGAGAGCGGAUCCGAGAGCGACUCGUCCUCCUGCACCGAGAAAUCUCGAGAGCUGACGAGACCGGGUCGCGGUUACUCCUGCGGUUCUUGCGAAACGGUUUCGGACACGCGGCCAGCUCUGAGAAAGCACAUCGCCGACUGUCAUCCGGCAAUGUCGGCCCUGGACGCCGGGGAGUCUCGGAGGUGUCCGGCGACCGGAUGCGACUUCGCGACCGGAAGUCGGUGCGAGAUGGAGACCCACGUGGCGGCGCACGUGGCCCAAGGCAUGUCGCCGACCGGGAAGAAGCGCUCGCUGGCCCUUCAGCGCGUCAGGUACGAGAGGGAGGAAUACCGUUGCUCGAUGUGCUCCUACGCCUGCACCAUCGAGAAGGCCUUCCAAAAGCACCUCAGGGCCCAUGCCAAGGGCGCCGCGCCCGAGACAAGGGUCAGCUGUCCCGUUUGCGGGGCCGAUCGGACCUCGGAAGUCGACCUCAGCCGGCACAUGCGGAGGCACCGCGACGAUCGGUACUUCUGCUGCGACAUAUGCAUCUUCAGGACGGUGCAGCUUAAGAAGCUCAUUCAGCAUCGAAGGAUGCACACCGGGGAGAAGCCGCACCUUUGUCCACACUGCGCCUACCGGAGUGCCAGACGCGACAAUUUGAGAAGCCACGUGCGUCGCGUUCACAAGAAGGAAAACCUCUACUGCGACACCUUCAGUCCCCGCGGCAUGCUGCAGAUCACGCCAAUCGGUCAAAAUCUGAGAAGUCCAGCCUCUUCACCGGCCUCGAACUCCGGAAGUGCGACUUAGGAAGAAAAUCGGCAACAGGCGAGCACGUCGCUCACAUCUCGGCGAAGUGAUCUUUCGGCGUAAAUCUUUAAACCGAGGAAACAUGUUUCCGACUUUUUUCACGGGAUUCAGGCGUUAUUUCACGCCAAAGAAUAUUCGGCUGGCGUUUUAAGCUGGAUAAUCGAUUCACGUGUAAGACACGUCUUAUCUACAUCUAUAAGUUUAUACUCUCGCAGAGAGUUAGUUGGAGGAAAAAAAGGUGGAGCCGAUACGAAUAACGUAGUCACACAAAAAAAGUUUCCCGUCCGGCGGAGUGAACGACCGUAAUUAAACGUUUUUGCACGCGCUAAAUCCAAAUCGGAUGUAAGAAUUGCACCGUCGUCCCCAGAUUUUGAAUAAUCCUGCCUGAAAGAUUCGUUCAUCGACCUCGAACGUUAUAAGAUUUUUCGACGCGAAAAUUAGAUUGGAAUACCCCAUAUAUAGCUCAAAAUCUAGGGGAUUCAGCACGUGCAACCAAUAUACAGGUUUGGUGGUCUGAUCGGCCGGACAAGAUGCUUUUUAUGUGCCUGUGUAAUCGUUGUCUCUCUAAAAUGUGUGGAAGUAAAAACUUGGAAGGAUGAAUACUUGGAAUGGCCGAUAUACCGAAGUUUCAAACAUUCGAAAGUAAAAUAACGAAAGAUUUCGAACAAUUCAUCUUUCGUUAUUUUAUUUUCGCAUGUUUGAAAUUUCGAUACAUCGGUCAUUCCAAAUAUUGACCCUUCCAAGUUUUCACCCCCACCCUCUAGAAUGUUCAAACUUUUCACGCCUGCUGGUAAGGUUUUUUUUUUUUUUCUUCAUCUAUCACUUAGAAACUGGCUCGAUUCGAAUACCUACCGAGUCGAGUCCCACAUGGGUGCUAUUUUAUCGAGAUGACACGAGGAGUAUGAUAGAAACAACUGCACGAAUUGAUUCAAAGUGGUAAAUACAACAAGUGACGCGUACCUAGAAUCGUGCAUACAUUAAAUUAAGCUCAAAGUAUUCGUAAUACGAUAUUACGAGAAUUCUUUUGAACAUACGGAGGUCGUCUUUUUAUUGCAAUUUAUUUGCCAGCCGAGCUAGUAUUUAAUACUAUACAAAAAAAAAAAAGCAUGGCGGAGUUUACGCGUGCAAGUUAUUUGGAAAAUAUAAUUGUUUUAACUCUUAUUAUACAUAAUAUAUUUGAGAGAAGUGAAUUAUGAAUAUACAUUAAUAUAAAUAUAGGUAUAAAUACAAUUUUACACGUCCUAACUUCGUCAAUAAGCAGUUUAACUAUUAGCACGUGUCACUAUAGUAAACUAAACGACUUCAAAUUAUCGUUAAAAUUCUUAUUAUAUAUUGUGCAAUAAUGACGAGGCGUAGAUUCUUUACAGCCGAUCUGUAAUAAAAAUUGACCAGAGACGCGUUGUUGAUUCUUGAGAAAAAAUAAUUUGGAAAAAAAAAACGAGAAAACUUACAAAAUUUCCUGGGUGCUGAAACCGUGACAGUUUUUGCUUGGAUAUUUUUUUUUUUUCAAGAUACGAUAUUUGAAAACUGUCACCGAAAUUUCUCUUCCCAAUUUUUUUCAACUUUUAUUCCUUUCUGUCACAAUUUACAGUACCAUCGGUAUAAAUCUAUAUCCCCAAUAAUCAAUACCUACGAAUGCCUAAAUAACACGUUAUUAAAACUUACAUUCAAUCAAUAUAAAAAGAUGAAAAUUAAACUUCACCAAUACGAACAAAAGCAAAAGAAUCGAUUCAUAAAUUGCGUCUCUGGUCCGUGGAAAUAAAAGACAAGAACUACUUUUACCGAUGUGUUUUGUAGAAUUGAAUUAGCAAGUGCAUGCAACUGUCGAUAACUUAACGUAAGCUAAAAGUACGGACAAACAGAAGAGAAGAGAAGAAACGAAAGAAUAAAGGAAAAUGAAAAGAGAGAGAGAGAGAGAGAGAAAAUAUAUAGGAAUAAGAUAAAAGCAAAUUGACAAGUAUAAAAGCGAAAUGGAAUAACCCUUGAAACUUUUGCUGGGGAAAGAAAUUUUCAAACUAACUUCUAAGUAAAAGUAAAUAUUUGUAAAGAAUUUUUUAUUAUUCGCAUCCGGAUCGCGUGACGAUGAUAUAUUCGUAACGCGAUCGGACGAUAUUAUUGAUUAUAUUAUAUAUUAUUAUACAUACAUAUAUUAGUCAUUAUUAUAUGAAAGCUGCGAGAUGGUGCUAGAUGUCGUAGACUGGAUAAGAGGGAGACUGAAAUCUAAACAAGUAAAAUACUGACAAGAGUCAAGAAGGACGAUAUAUGAAUAAAAAUUGAAAAACGA